AAUAGCGCUGGCCCCGCCGGCUGGAAGGGCAGCGAAGUUUCUCGGCGCGGAGCGGCAGCAUUUAUUGCGGCGCCCGCCGGGCAGUUGCGCAGGGGAGCGCGCGCGAGAGACGGGGCGCAAGCGGCUUUUAACCUUGGGAAUUAUCUUUUGCGGGUUUUUUUUUCUCCUCUACACGCCGAGAAGUUUCACCUUCCUCUCCCCGGUCCCUGGGAGUGAAGCCAGACAGGAAGCGUUUCUGCCGCCCGGAGAGCUCCCUCCCGCCUCCCCGCGCUCUUAAAGCCUCGGCUCGCUUCAGCCCCGCAUCGAUCUUAUUUUUUUAAUUAUUCAUCUCGUCCUUCCGGAGGGAGGGAGGAUCCCGCCGCCGCCGCCGCCUCGGAGCCGGACCCUCCCCGCGCCCGGCGCGCCGUGGAUGCCGCUGCCGCUCGCCGGGGAAGUUCGCGGGCAGGAGCAGGGAGGCGAGCGCUGAGGGCGCGGAGGCGGCGAGCCCCGGCCACGCUCAGGGCCCUUGGCGCGGCGUCGCCGUCGCAGCGCGGGCAGCCAUGGCCGACAGCCAGAUGCCCUUCUCGUGCCACUACCCCGGCCGCCGCAGCGUCCGCGACCCCUUCAGGGAGCCCGGCCUGACCUCGCGCCUCCUGGACGACGACUUCGGCAUGUCGCCCUUCCCCGGGGACCUCACCGCGGACUGGCCCGACUGGGCCCGGCCCCGGCUCACCACCACCUGGCCGGGCCCGCUGCGCACCGGCAUGGCCCGCGCCUCGGGCCUGGGCCCCGGCUACGGCGCCCACUUCGGGGGCUACCCCGAGAGCCGCAGCCCGGCGCCCUUCUCCCGCGAGCCCUGGAAGGUGUGCGUCAACGUGCACAGCUUCAAGCCCGAGGAGCUGACGGUCAAGACCAAGGACGGCUACGUGGAGGUGUCAGGUAAACAUGAGGAGCAGCAGGUGGAAGGAGGAAUCGUCUCCAAGAACUUCACGAAGAAAAUCCAGCUCCCCUACGAGGUGGAUCCCGUCACGGUCUUCGCCUCCCUGUCUCCGGAGGGGCUGCUGAUAAUCGAGGCGCCCCAGAUCCCCCCCUACCAGCAGUACGGAGACGGCAGCUGCGGCAGCGAGAUCCCCAUCGACAGCCAGGAAGCGACCUGCGCCUGAGCCCCCGGCCCCUCUCCUUCCCCCCUCCCUGGUUGCUCCUCUCCCUCUCCCUCCCCGCAAAGGUUCCUCUCUGAUUCCAGCUGCGGUUGCGUUAGCGGGACAAAAGCGUCUGCUGAGCGUGGGCUAGCUGCCCCGGGGCCUGCCGCCCUGCUCGAGCCCCGGUGCCGGCGCCUGCCGCCGGGGGGGACGUCGCGCCCCAGCGCCCGCCGUCCCCGGGGCCGAGCAGGCGGAGAGACGCGGGGCGCAGCCGGGCCCGGGAGCACCGUCUCCCCUCACCCCCCGGCAGUGCCCGAACCACGGGGCAAUGCCGCCUCUGCCAGCACGCACCGCUUAUUUUUCCGACGUGACCCAGCACCCGGGAUGAGGAAUUUGCUUUUACAAGACGCAGGCAACGGCUGAGAAACGCCGGCACGCGGCUCCGGGGCUCUGCCGCUGGCUGCCGCCCAGCGGGACCGUGCCCGAACCGGGGCAGGCGGCUGCCUUGCCCUGACUGCUCCCUUCGACACGUCUGCUUGCCAAUAGCCACCCGACGAGGCCACAGUUUCACCGAGGUGUGGUAGAGGUCUUACAUGCUCCAGCAGAGUUUAUCUGUAUAUCAGACCGAACAAAAUAGAUGUCUUCAUUGUUGUUAUUUUUUUUGCUGUCAGGUAGUAAGAUGGGAUAUUUAUAACAAUAGCAAAAAGAAAAGCAGCCAUUUCUUCUGUUAGAUUAAAGUGGGAUGCUGUGUCUUUUUCUUCUCCGUUUUUUUUGAACUACAUCUCUAGACAGCCUCUUGCCAGCGUGACGACGCGUGCCUGGUGCAGAGACGGCCGAGCGGGCGCCAUGCCGCAGCCGGCGAGCCCCGGGCCAGGGCUCCUCAGCAGCGUAGCCGUCUGCGUGUUCCAAACGUUCCUCUUUUUCCAGCGAGAACUUGUGCUUUUAUUUGACAGACUUGAGGAAUAAACACGAGUUGAUGUUCUUA